AUCUGCUUGAAAAGAUAAACAUAUAUAAAAUAAAAUUAAAGAAUAAAUAUAUCGAAUUAAAAUUAAGUAAAAUAAUAAUAAAAAUCAUUUUUGAAAAUAUGAUAAUAUAAAGAAAUAAAUAUUUAAAAGGUAAGAAAUAAAUAAGAAACAAAUUAUAUUUUAUUGAUUAAUAUUUAAUAAGUAGUAUAAAUUGAUCAUUUAUUUAGAAAAGUAGUAUAAAUAAAUUAUUUUAUCAGAUAAAUAAUAUACAUUAAUAAUUAGGUCAAAGAAAUAAGUAUAAUAUAGGUCAAUAAUUUUAUUAGAGAAGUAAUAUAAAUUAAUAAUUCAGUUAGAGAAAUAAUAUAUAAAACGAUACAAAAUCAAAAUUUACAUUUUAUAUUAGGAGAAUAUAAUUCGACGAGAAAUGGCAUGCAAACUUUUUCGAUUAUUUCAAAAUAAAAAUUUUCAAUUUUGCGUACAUGAUUUGAAUGUAGCAUACAAAAUUUUUUUAUUAUCUGCAAAAAUAAGAAUUUCUUAAAAUUUUAUAUAUUUAUUUGAAAUAUUUACUUUUCAUAAAAAUUUUAUUUUUAUAACACUGAAUGUUUUUCGAUGUUUUUUUAAUUCUAGAAGAUUCAGAAAUAUAAUGAGAAUAAAAUAAAUAAAAAUUUAAAAAGAAUUUUAAAAUUAACUACCUACGCCAUCUAUUAAAUGUCAAAGAUAUAUUUUUAAAAAAAUUCAAAGGAUGAAAUUCAAUGAUCUACGAUUCUUAUUCUAUUGUUUUGAAAAUAGAUGUCUUCUUCAUGUCUUUAAGAAAUGAUAUUGAUGAUUAAAUCUUAUCUUUCUUUUAUUAUUUGUUUUUAUUUUUUUUAUUUAUAUUAAUUUUAUUCUGAAUUUUGAUAUUCUGGAUAUGGCAUUAAUUUUUAUUUUUCUUUUCAAUAUUUGCUCUUUUUAUUUAUAUUUAUAUUUAUACAAUAUAUAUAUAUAUAUAUAUAUAAAUAUAUAUGUAUAUAUAUAUAUAUAUAUUGAUACGUGAUUGUGACAGAUAAAAUAAAUUAAAAAAUAGAUAAUAUAAAAUAUAGAUAGAUAUGUAGGAUAAUGAUCUUAAAAGAUAAUAUCUGAUAUAUAAUAUGAUUUGAAAUGAGGAUUUAAAAAAAACUGACACAACAAACAAAAAAUUUUUAAAUAUUUUAUUGAAAAACAAUGCAAUAUCAACUAUUCGUUAUCAAAUAUGUAUCAAUAUGUAUCAAAUAUAUUUUUUGCCAUCUGUUAAGCAUAUAAAUACUAUUAUUGAAUACGAAAGUUGAUAUAUAUAGUUUUAAUGAAAAAUCAUUAAAAAUAUAAUUCACAAAUAUUAUAUUUUAUUAUUUAAUUCUUUAAUUAGUAAUCAUCUGAUAUAUAAAUAAUUUUUAAAUAUUUUUUAAAAAAUUAUAUUUUGUAAAUAUUUUAUAAAAAAAUUCUAAUAUAUGUACAAUAAGAUUGUAUAAAAAAACAAUUCUGUUACAGUUAUAUAUAGUAUAUAAUUACAUAUAGUAUAUAAUAUAGUUUAUAUAAAAUGGGAUUAAUCUUUAAUGUUAUUAUUGUAUGAUUUUAAUUGUUUUAAAUGUAAUAAUUUUAUUAUUUAAUUUUUAAUUUAUUUAAUAUUAUAUAUAUAACUUAUUUAUGUAUUAUAAUUUGUAAAUAACUGAAGUAUAUUUUACUUGUCAAAAAUUGUAUUUAUAAAUACAAAAUUAUUUGUAAAAAAUGAAGUUUGAUUAUUUAUAUGAUUUAUUUUUACUUUUUAAGUGUAAAAGAUAAUUAAAAACAUAGUUCACAAAAUUUUUGUUCUGCAAAAUACAUUUAAUUUUAUUGAUAUUAUAUACAUAUUAAAGGUUAAAAACAAAUCUAUAAUCAAAAUUUGAUUUAAAGAAAAAGAAGUUAUAUAAACUUUAGAAAUGUUAUGUUAUGAUGGAAAACUUAGUUUUUUCUGUUUUAUAUUCACUGGUUUAAUCGCGGUUUUAUCAGAAAUAUUACUAAGGUUAGAAUUCGAUAUUUUUCAAAUAUAUUUCAAUAAUAUUUGGCUUAUGCAUUUAUUUCAAUAUGGAUUCUUAAAUAUACUUUUACUUCUUGUAUUUUAUGGUUUCUCUUAUCAGGUUGCUGUAAGAGCUGUAUUUUUAGGAUAUGGAUUUGGAAUUGGAAUUAUAUUGUUUUUUGUUGCACCACCUUCAUGGCAGAUGUUUGGAAUAUACGUUACAGUUCUAGCAACAUUUCAUUAUACAGAAUUUUUAAGUAUUGCUUGGAUAAAUCCGUCUUCACUUUCUAUCGAUAGUUUCAUUUUAAAUCACAGCAUAGCUUAUGGAGUGGCAGCAUGCUGUAGUUGGAUAGAAUUUAUUAUAGAAAGACUAUAUUUUCCUGGGAUGAAAGAAGCUUCCUUCAUAUCAUAUUUUGGAUUAAUACUAUGCAUUUGUGGAGAAUUUUUGAGAAAGCUGGCAAUGUUUACUGCCAAACAUAAUUUCAAUCAUAUUGUGCAAAAUGAAAAAAUGGACAAUCAUGAAUUAAUUACCUACGGUGUUUAUAAAAUUUGUAGGCAUCCCAGUUAUGUAGGCUGGUUUUAUUGGUCUAUAGGAACACAGUUAAUACUUCAGAAUCCAUUUUGUCUCUUUGCAUAUACUAUGACAUCUUGGAAAUUUUUCCAUGAUCGUAUUUUAAUUGAAGAAGUCACUCUGCUUAAUUUUUUUGGACAAGAUUAUAUAGAAUACCAAAAAAAAGUUAGUACGGGAUUACCUUUUAUAUCUGGUUAUAAAUUGGAUUUAUAGCAGCCGAUAUACAUUUGAAAUAUUGUAAUUGUUUCAAUUUCUCAGGAAUAAUUAUAUCAUUAUUUAUAUUAAUAUUCUUUUUUAUUGUACCACAAACAAUAACAAAAAAUUAAGAAAAGUUUUUAACAAAAUUAUAUUUAUUGUCUCAUUUCAUUUUGAAGAAUUAUUCAUAUAACAAUAGACUAUACUUUCAUAUAUGAUUACUUUCAGUUGAUUCAGAUUAUACACUUAUUUGUAUAUUUACUUAUUAUAAUAUGUGUAUAUAUACAUAUGUAUGAAAUGUAGUAGAUAAUAAAUAUGUAUAAUGUUGCAAUUAA